CAAUGAUGCGCGAUUUGCUCCAAACAUAUUCUCCAUAGAUAGUCUCUAAAAACAUGAAAUGCAAGAGUCCAGAAGAUGAUCCAGAAGUGUUGCAGAUCGUUUAAAAUCAAAUAAGUGUUGGGAAAGUGAAAUUCAGAAGUUAUAACUAUAAGAAACCUGUUUAGUGAUUUUGUGAAUUUCACUGAUAACGGUGUUAGAAUAAAAUUCAUUGUAUGUUCAACCAAAGUACUCACCCUGGGGGUUUCGGCUCCACAACAACUCCUUCUUCAAAUCCCAUGAAGGACUUCGAAGUUACAUCACCCCCGGACGACUCAAUAAGUUCCCUAGCAUUUUCUCCAGCGACAAUUUCUCAAAACUUUUUGAUUGCUGGAAGUUGGGAUAACAAUGUCCGUUGUUGGGAAGUGGAACAAACUGGAAAAACUGUAGCAAAAGCUAUGCAAACAUGUGGGGGACCUGUUUUAGAUGUGUGUUGGAGUGAUGAUGGCUCAAAAGUUUUUAUGGCUGGUUGUGAUAAACAGGCCAAAGUUUGGGACUUGGCAAGCAAUCAAGUUAUGCAAGUGGCUCAGCAUGAUGCUCCAAUAAAGACUUGUCACUGGAUAAAAGCACCAACAUAUUCAUGUUUAAUGACAGGCUCCUGGGAUAAGACCCUCAAAUUUUGGGAUACACGAAGCAAUCAACCAUUGAUGAGUAUCACUUUAUCAGAAAGAGUUUACUGUGCAGAUGUUGAUUAUCCAAUGGCUGUAGUGGGAACUGCAGGGCGACAAAUUUUAGUAUAUCAGCUGGAAAACAAGCCUCAGGAAUUCAAAAGACUGGAAAGUCCAUUAAAGUAUCAGCAUCGAUGUGUUUCAAUUUUUAGAGAUAAAAAUAAAAGUCCAACUGGAUAUGCUCUUGGCUCAGUAGAAGGACGAGUGGCUAUUCAAUAUGUGAAUCCUACAAAUCCCAAGGACAAUUUCACAUUUAAAUGUCACAGAUCAAAUGGUACACCAAAUGGUUAUCAAGACAUUUAUGCAGUAAAUGAUAUCGCUUUUCAUCCGGUCCAUGGCACUUUGGCGACAGUGGGAUCUGAUGGAACAUUUAGUUUCUGGGACAAAGAUGCCCGUACAAAAUUAAAACCAUCAGAAACUAUGGAACAACCAAUUACAAGAUGCGCUUUUAAUCAUAACGGCCAAAUUUUUGCCUAUGCUGUGAGCUAUGAUUGGAGUAAAGGCCAUGAAUUUUUUAAUCCAUUAAAAAAGAACUACAUAUUUUUGCGUUCAUGUUAUGACGAAUUGAAACCAAGAAGCACAAGUAAUUAAGUGCUUUUUUUGCUUUUAAUAAUGUAUUAAUCUCUAUAAUAAUCAACUUUGUAAUAGCUAAAGAAAUAAAUAUUCAUUU